CUCGGCGGCUCUGGCGACCGGUGGUGCUGUCCGCGGCUCGGCGGUGCUGAAGGGCGGGCGCCCCGCGCGCCUCCCGCGGCGCCUGGGGCCGGCGGGUUUCUCCGCGCGGAGCUGCGCGGGUUGUUCGGUUUUGCUCCUGGUUUUGCGGAACGGAGAAGUAUCGCCCGGUGUUCGCGAUUUUUGUGCUUGAGGACCCGGCGUUUCGUUUUGGGUUUGUUGUUGUGGUUUUUUUGUUUUUUUUUUUCUUUUUUUUUUUCCUCGAGGACUUUAGUGACUCUUGGGUAAGGAACAGACCUGUAAAGAUGUUUAUGUGGUGGUCGGCUGUUUUACUUCUUGGAUGCAUUUUGCUGGGAGCAGAUGGAUGGCCAGCCAAGGAAGGAUAUGACUUCAGGCCCUAUCAGCCCCUCGUAAGGUUACGCCACAAGCAGGAAAAGAAUCAGGAGAGCUCAAGAAGUGAAGGAUACACGGGCCAAGAUGGACAUUUUAAGUCAUGUGAAAACAAGUACUGUGGCCUGGGUAGGCACUGUGUCGUGAAUGGGGAGAGCGGGCAGGCUGAGUGUGUCUGCAUGGAACACUGCAAGCCACACUACAAACCCGUGUGUGGCUCGGAUGGAGAGUUCUAUGAAAACCACUGUGAGGUACACAGGGCUGCCUGCCUGAAGAAGCAGAAGGUCACCAUUGUACACAAUGAAGAUUGCUUCUUCAAAGGAGAUAAAUGCAAACCUACUGAAUACAGCAAAGUGAAAAAUAUGUUAUUGGAUCUUCAAAAUCAGAGAUAUGCUGCUCAAUCAAAAGAUAGAAAUGUUGGUGAGAAAAUGGCUUUAAGGAAACUGCUCGUAGAUCAGAUGUUUCAUUAUUUUGAUUCUGACAGCAAUGGACUUGUGGACACAAAUGAAUUGUCUCAGGUAAUAAAACGGGAUGAGCUUGGCAAGGAUCUGUCUGACUGCUCUCUGUUCGAUUUGCUGAAAUAUGAUGAUUAUAAUAGUGACAAGCACCUAGGUCUGGAAGAAUUCUAUAGAGCUUUUCAGGUAGUUCAGCUGAGUUUGCCAGAAGAUCAAAAAAUAAGCACUACUGCAGCAACAGUAGGACAAAGUGCUGUCUUAAGUUGUGCCAUCCAAGGCGUUCUGAGACCUCCCAUCAUCUGGAAGAGGAACAAUGUCAUUCUGAAUAACUUAGAUUUGGAAGAUAUCAGUGAUUUUGGAGAUGAUGGGUCCUUGUAUAUUACUAAGGUUACUACAACUCAUAUGGGAAAUUACAUCUGUUAUGCUGAUGGCUAUGAUAAACUCUAUCAAACUCAUAUUCUUCAAGUGAAUGUUCCACCAGUCAUCCGAGUGUACCCAGAGAGUCAGGCAAGGGAGCCAGGAGUGACAGCUAGCCUUCGGUGCCACGCUGAAGGUAUUCCUAACCCACAACUUGGCUGGCUGAAGAAUGGAAUUGAUAUCACUCCGAAGUUAUCUAAACAGCUAACUCUUCAAGCAAAUGGCAGUGAGGUACACAUUAGUAACGUGCGCUAUGAAGAUACAGGAGCAUAUACUUGCAUUGCAAAGAAUGAAGCAGGAGUGGAUGAAGACAUUUCUUCUCUUUUUGUAGAAGAUUCUGCUCGAAAGACCCUUGCAAAUAUAUUGUGGCGAGAGCAAGGUCUGGGAAUUGGGAACAUGUUUUAUGUUUUUUAUGAAGAUGGAAUCAAAGUCAUACAGCCAGUGGAAUGUGAAUUUCAGAGACAUAUUAAGCCUAGUGAAAAACUCCUCGGUUUUCAGGAUGAAGUUUGUCCCAAAGCUGAUGGUGAUUCUGUUCAGCGGUGUGUUUGGGCAACUGCUGUAAAUGUAAAAGACAAGUUCAUUUAUGUGACUCAACCUACACUUGACAGAGUGCUUAUUGUUGAUGUACAGUCUCAGAAAGUUGUACAGGCAGUAAGUACGGAUCCUGUUCCAGUGAAACUACACUAUGAUAAGUCACAUGAUCAAGUCUGGGUACAGAGCUGGGGAGACAUGGAGAAGAAUUCACCAACUUUGCAAGUGAUAACACAAGCCAGUGGGAGUGUUUCUCAUCACACAAUCCAUACUCAGCCAGUGGGAAAGCAGUUUGACAGAGUGGAUGACUUUUUCAUUCCUUCUACAACCCUCAUCAUUACUCAUAUAAGGUUUGGAUUUAUUCUUCAUAAAGAUGAGCCCAUGCUCCAGAAGAUUGAUCUUGAAACUAUGUCGUACAUCAAGACAAUUAGUUUAAAGGAUUAUAAUUGCAUUCCUCAGUCCCUGGCUUAUACACAUCUUGGAGGAUUAUUUUUUAUCUGCUGUAAACCUGAUACCACUGGUGCUGUUCUGCCACAGCUUAUAGUGGACAGUGUUACUGAUUCUGUGAUUGGAUACAAUGGCGAUGUAACAGGCAGACCACACGUCUCUCCAGAUGGACACUACCUUGUCAGUAUUGAUGAUGCAAAGGGUCUCAUGAGGAUCCAGACCAUAACGUUGAGAGGAGAAAUACAAGAUUCAUUUGACAUUCACACAAAUUUGCACAUAUCUGAUGUAGCUUUUCAGCCAUCAUUCACUGAAGCUCAUCAAUACAACAUCUACUGUAGUUCCAGUACACAAACUGACGUUCUCUUUGUGGAGCUCUCCUCUGGAAAGGUUAAGAUGGUGAAGAGUCUUAAGGAGCCUGUCAGGGCAGGCGAAUGGCCUUGGAACAGUAAGAACCGUCUUAUAAAAGACAGUGGCCUUUUUGGUCAGUAUCUCAUGACCCCUUCCAAGGAAUCUCUGUUUAUCCUAGAUGGACGCCUCAAUAAGUUAAAUUGUGAAAUCACUGAAGUUGAGAGAGGCAACACAGUAAUUUGGGUUGGGGAAGCAUAAGAAUCUAUGUUGAAUAUUUGCUGAAUUAAUAGUUUUACGUUGCAUUUAAUACGUACGUUAAUAAUACACAAAAAAUGUACGUUAAUACGUACAUUUAAUAAGUACGUUGCACUUAAAUUAUAGCAUUCUUUAAAUUUACACCAAUUUCAUUUGAAAUUGUUCAACCCUUCUAUACCUGUUAUUUCUUUGACUUGAAUGCAGUUUGAGUCAAUUUCCAUGUAAGUUACUAAAGCAACAGCUAUUUGCUAAUAUGGUAGCCUUAUUAAAUAUCAGCCAAGAUUGUAUUGGUUGACUGGAAUUACUACAUAUUGAAAUUGAUGACAAAUACCAUGCAUUACUUUAAAGAAAAUAGGAAAAACCAUAAAGCUUCAGGGAAUUUAACAUGAUACUUUGCAUUUGUAAAUGGAAGAAUUGAAUAUGAUUCAAAUAUUGGUUUGCUUUGCUUCAGACACAAAAUGAGAGAUGUACAACUUUUUGUUCCUUAAACUGAAAUAGGAUGUCCUGUUUUGUCAGUUCACUGUUUAAUAUUUUUGUGCCUUGAAGUGAAAGUGUCACAAGAAAGGUAAAGCAUAGAAAUUGUAUAACUUAUUCCCAUAGUGACUGCAGGAUUGCUUGUCAUUGGAGAGAAACAUUUACUAUCAAAUUUUUGUCUCAAGCUUUGGGACAUAGAAAGAGAAAAAAGAGAAAUUAUAUUUGCAGUGCACAGUUUUCUGAUCAGUGAAAUUCAAGAAGCUUAUUUUUAUGACCAGUCUUAAUUUAGAAAGCUGUUUUGCUGGUUGGUUUUUUUUUUUUUUCUUUUUU